UUGAAUUUAUACAGAAUUGGAUUCGUGGAUGAACGUACAAUAUGAAACUUUAAAACAUUAAAAAAUGAUUUUUGUCAUAAAUGCAGGUUUUGUCAUGGAACGGCUCAUAUGUAUUAGGAACUAAAUGUUAAUGCUAUGACAAUACGAAGUCUAGACAUGAAAUAUUUCAACAUGGCAAUAUAAAAGUGCAUUUACUUAUUCCAGAUGUACAUGUCCAAAUUAGUAUAUAGUUUUAGUGUUUAAUUAUACGUUAAUGAGCUAGGUUAAAAAAUGGGAACAUAAAGUCUACGCUAAUGUUUCAUGUUUUCAUUCAAAACAAACAUUAUUUUGUAAUUACACUGAAGUAUGUUUCAAUUUAUGUGAUCAUGUUUCACAUAUGUCUAUCCUUUCUUGAAAACAAACACAACCAACAAACAUAACAACUACAAUAACAAAAUACAAUUUGAGACAGCAUGAUACACAUCAUUCGUGUUUGUAUGCUGGGUCAAGGGUCAAAUUGGUGAGCAAGUUGCAAUAUAAAUAGUGAGAACGUUUACCUUGACUUGGGUCGGUAUGUAUUAGGGAUAAACUUUAAUAAAAUAAGUGUAUUCGACUGUAAAUUGUAGUGAACAAUAUGUUAAGAUGCGUAAAGUUAUAGAAUCGACUUAAACAAACUGGUAAUAAACGAUACAUAUCCGUUAAAUAAGUUGCUAGGAAAUACAUUAUUCAAAGAAAAAAAUAGAUUUGUAAAGUAACAUGUGUUAUUAAACCGCACCGAGGAAUGAAAUUUACGCAAUCAAAUUGAGGUAAGAAAAUAACAUGUUUAAACAUAAUAGACCAUUAAUUUCAUAAAUAACCUUCAUAAAUAUUAACGUUUUGUAAUGUGUGCUAAUAGUAUUAAAACCCUUCAUGUUAUUGCUAACGAUCAAUACACACUUCGGGGGAUGCGGGUGCUACGUGCCUUUUAAUAAACAUUCUGUCAUCUCAAAAUGAAUAACAGUUUCGUUUUGUGAAAACGUUGCUCGAUUUAAUAAACAUUUGAAACAGUUAUUUUGUGGCUUUUGCGCAUGCUGUUAAAUGUAUAAAUUCUUGGAAGCAAUGUGCACAUGGAUCAACGAGAGCGGCGGUUCAAUCUAGCUUUAAUCUGGAUCAGAUUUACAUCAGGUAUACCGUACUGAAAUAGAGCGAUUUGUUAUAUAUAGUUCAUAGGAAUUGUUGACAAGACACGGCGUGUUUGAGAAGGACGCGGAUGCUGUUUGUUGCAACACUGCUGUUGUGCCUGUUAAAACUUGGUGUUUUCUGCGCUCCAGCUGGUUGCCUUUGUACAAGGGAGUAUGACCCGAUGUGUGGACGGAAUGGCAGAACGUAUGCAAACCCGUGCAUUCUCAGAUGCGCGUGUUAUCAGCGCUCCAGGCGGGUGCGUCUGUACAAGGGAAUACAACCCGAUGUGUGGGGUGGAUGGCAAAACCUAUGGAAACCCGUGCCUUCUCCGAUGCGCACGUGUAAGGCUGAGUUACAGAGGUAGAUGUAGAUACUGAAGAAGAACAGCAAACAACAAGUGAGGCCUUUAUAGAAGAAACUAUAAACAAUUAUAAUUAGAAAACAUUUUGUAUUUUAUAUUUCAUGACUGUUAUCUUUUUAAAUGUCAUUUAAUACAGAAUUGAAAUUUAG